UGUCUUGCUACUUUUUAAAUACUAAAAGUUUAAUAUUUAAAUUAAUCCUUAUGUGCUACAACAAUGCUACAAUCUACGUAUGUAUGAAUUUCGUAAUGCGAAGUAAGCAGUGGAUGUAAGGGGUUCUCAAACAUUCAUUCACUUGUUUUUAUAAUUCAGAACCACUGACCUGUCAUAAACAACGAAGAUGGCUUAAGGUAGACUCGUUAUCUGUUAAUUCUUUUAACGUUGACAUGAUGUGUGUUACUAUUCACAAGGUUUUUCAUUUCUUUUAAUGAAGAAUUAGAUUUGUUUGCAAUUAUGGCUCAAGCGAAACUUCACUCACAGGAAGAAACAAGUAGCACACUUAACGAUAAAGAGAAGGAAGCUGACGAAAAAGAAGGUUCAACAACAGUCCUAGAAUGUGCAGUCUGCCUUCAACCAUGUAUAUAUCCUGCAAGAUUACCUUGCAAUCAUAUAUAUUGUUACCUCUGUGUCAAAGGUGUUGCGAAUCAAAGCAAAAGAUGUCCCAUGUGUCGUCAAGAAAUUCCUCCUGAUUUUCUUAAUAGACCACAACUGGUAGAAGUAGAUGAAGCACGGAAGGAAUCAGAACAUUUUGAAGAAGAAUACCAAUGGUUUUACGAAGGUAGAAAUGGUUGGUGGCAAUAUGAUCAACGUACAAGUCAUGAAUUAGAAACUGCAUAUAAACAAGGCAAACGGAAUUGUGAAUUAUUGAUCGCAGGAUUUCUUUAUAUUGCUGAUUUUGGUUCAAUGCUCCAAUUACGUAGAAAUGAUCCUUCUAGGCGAAGAAAAAUUAAACGUGAUUUAUAUAAUGUACCAAAAAAAGGAGUAGCAGGUUUAAGAUUAAUUAAUCAAGAUGAAGAAAUCACUAGAGAAGUAAGGGGAGCAGAAAGACCAGCUAGUCCUGCAAGUGAUGAUAUGGGCACCGGAGAUGGUACAAAUACUCCAGUACCUCCAAGUAAUACACCACAAACACCAGCUGGUGGAACAGCAAGUGGUGAUGCUACACCUCUAAAUGACAGAAUGGAACAAAGAGACUCUUUACAUCAGGUAUUAGAACAAAUGCGUUCCUUAGUUCUGAGAGAACAUUUAUCUUCAGAUACAGAUGAUGAAUUAGAGGAAGAUGAAGGAAGUGAAUCACCUUCCACUCAUCCUACAUUAUAAUGACUACAAACAUCUAAUAUUUCCUAUUCAUCAAAUGAAGAUCAUUUUUAAAAAGUUUAAUUUAUUGAAAUAAAUGUGCAUCCUAUUAAAUGAAAAAUAUAGUAUAAUAAACUCAUGUACAUGUUCAAAGAUGCAGAACAUUUAUAUAUGUGAUGUACUGACAUGCAAUCUGUACAUUGCUCUGUGAUGCUUAUUAAAAACAAAACAAUUAAGUACAA